UAUGGUGUUAGAAUUCAACACCAAUUUCUCUUGUCGGAAACUUCGUCGUGAUUGUUAAUUCCUCAUCCAGCAACUGAUUUACUUCUCCAUUUCUUGAAAAUUCCGUGACUUUAUUGAUUCCUUCCCCCAAUUUGCUGCUAAUCUCAAGGAUUAGUUCUUAUUCAGUCAUCGAGGCGGCAUUCAUUCCAAUUAUUAGGGCUUAUAAUGCAGGCGUCUAGGGCUAGGCUUUUCAAGGAGUACAAAGAAGUGCAGAGAGAGAAAGCGGCCGAUCCUGAUAUUCAAUUGGUUUGUGAUGAUUCCAACAUAUUUAAAUGGACUGCUCUUGUAAAGGGGCCAUCGGAAACUCCUUACGAAGGAGGAGUUUUCCAGCUUGCGUUUACUGUGCCGGAGCAUUAUCCUCUGCAGCCGCCUCAAGUUCGAUUUCUGACCAAGAUUUUCCAUCCAAAUGUGCAUUUCAAGACGGGUGAGAUUUGCCUUGAUAUCUUGAAGAAUGCUUGGAGCCCCGCCUGGACAUUGCAGUCCGUCUGUAGGGCUAUAAUAGCGUUGAUGGGUCAUCCAGAGCCUGACAGCCCGCUUAACUGCGAUUCAGGUAAUCUUCUCCGGUCAGGCGAUAUCCAAGGCUACCAGUCGAUGGCUAGGAUGUAUACAAGACUUGCUGCCAUGCCCAAGAAGCAGUGAACAGUCUUCCUUCCUAUUUGUUUCUUUGAAAUAAACUCAUUUAUUCUUCAUAUACAAAUGUUGUAGCCUGUUGUACUUCCAUGCAUCUAGGUUGUACGUUAACAUCCUGCUUUACAAAAUAGUGACACCGCUACUGUUUUUUAUGAAUAAAAUUAUGCUUUGUGUAAA